CCAAAUAAUCGAUACUACGACAUUUAGGUGCUGAUAUUUCUUGGACAUAUGUGUUGAGCAAGAUACUAUGUAGUAGGAACAAUUAGAUGCCAAAGCGCUACUUGUUUAUUCUACUUGCACUCAUGGACUCGUGGGCGCCGCUACCGGCUCUGGUAGGCACAUGUUUUGCUAUCGCCGGACACAGGAUGCCGACCUAUGUCAUGUUCACCCCCAAAAUAGUCGAAACUUGACGCCAGCAAACUCAACAUGCAUGAUGCAUCUUGCAAAACCCUUGUAUCUGUCCUCUGAUUCGUUUCAUCUUCAUUCUUCGCAGGCUCCUCUCCUUAAGGUCGGCAGUAACACUUGAAAAAGACCACCACAAAGCUCAAUUGCAGAUCUGGUUAACAGAGUAGGCCCCAAAAAACCCAGAGCCUUUGAGGCCAUGUGCUCGCAGGCUCUCCUUUUGGUCUGCUCCCGUCCUCUCUCGCAAUUUACCUCUUAGCCUUUUUUAGCCCAACUUUGUCUCUCUGCGCUCCACUCCGUCCUCCUUCAAUGUAACAGGGCAAUCCGCUGCCACCUUCUGAUGAUUUUCUGCAACCGAUGGAGCAAUUGCCAGCAUUGGACUACGUCCGUGGAGCCCUGUUCGCUCUACUGCUGGUUUGGAUCCUUGCAGAGUUUGUAAAACAGGGGAAGAGGCAUCAAGAAGCAGGAGGGCAUGGCACCGUGGUCUCGGCACAGCGAAGAGGCUUAGCAGCCCAUGUAGUUGCAUUCUGCAAUGCUUCCAUCACGCUAUCACAUAUCGGGUUCUCGGUCCUCUGGGUCUGGAAGAAGCAGGCUCUCUCUCUCGGCUUGGUAUUUGAAUCUGCAUCAUGGCUUCUGGCCACUCUACUCUUGCUCUACUGCAAGCGUGAAGGCUCAGGAGGAGUAGCAUGCUACUACUGGCCUGUGGUUCUCGUUUCUUGGUGGUUCUUCAGCUUCUUCUCAGAAUCGCUCCUCAUCUCACUGCAUUUGCUUCGCCUCUUCAGUUCUGCAACCGUUGUCGAUUUUGCUUCUCUUCCCUUCAGCACCAUCAUCUGCCUGGUUGUUGUAGCUAUGAGGCUAUCCAAAGCAAACCAGAAAGAAGAGCCGGACCAGCAACCUCUGCUGCUGAGGGAAGACAGUGAUGACAGCAGCAGGGACAGGUUCUCUAGCUCAGGGUGGUGGAGUCAACUCACAUUCCGGUGGCUGAAUCCAGUCUUCGAGAAGGGACACAGGGUGAGGCUCGAGCUGGAGCACAUCCCAUCGCUGCCGCAGUCCGAGACAGCAGAACAGUCGUAUGCCUUCCUUCAGGAGACAAUUCACAAGCAGAAACCUGAGCCAAUGCCACUGCGGAAAGCCAUCAUCUGUGCUGUCUGGACGCCUCUGGUCGGCAAUGCAGUCUUUGCAGGGCUCAACACUGUUUCUUCUUACAUGGGACCAUUCUUGAUCACCUAUUUAGUGGAGCUACUCUCUGACAAGAACAUGGACAAGGGCCAUGGCCAUGGCUACAUGCUUGCAUGCCUGUUCUUUGCCUCCAAGACAGUGGAGUCACUUUCACAGCGGCAGUGGUACUUUGGCGCACGCAGAAUCGGAUUCCAGGUCCGUGCUGCACUGAUGGUGUCCAUCUACAAGAAGUCCCUGCUCAUGAAGAACUCGAGCACAGUUGCAGGGAAAGUCGUGAACUUCCUUGACGUUGAUGUCGAGAAGGUUGGUGAGUUCUUCUGGUACAUCCAUGGGAUCUGGCUGCUGCCAUUGCAAAUUUUCUUGGCACUUGCCAUCCUGUACCGUAGUCUUGGUGCAAUGGCCUCUCUGUCUGCAGUCCUCGUAACUGUGUUGGUGAUGGUGAGCAACACACCAUUGGCGAAUUUGCAGCAGAACCUUAAUGUUAAGAUAAUGGAGGCCAAGGACUCACGCAUCAAGGCCAUGGCCGAGGCUAUGAAGAGCAUGAGGAUCUUGAAGCUCCAUGCAUGGGAGACAGCCUACUUGGACAAGCUCCUAAAGCUCAGGGAUGUGGAAAGGGGUUGGCUCAGGAGGUAUCUCUACACUUGCGCAGCAAUAGCAUUCCUAUUCUGGGCCUCGCCAACAUUGGUUUCGGUCGUUACCUUUGGUGUCUGCAUUCUUGUGGAGAUACCACUGUCAGCUGGAACAGUACUAUCAGCCCUUGCUACGUUCAGAAUUCUCCAAGACCCGAUCUAUAACCUCCCAGAGCUCGUCUCAAUGGUCUCACAAACCAAGGUGUCCCUAGAUAGAAUAGAAGAAUUCAUCAAAGAAGACCACCAAGGGAAGCCAAGUUCGUAUGGCAGCAUAACUGGAACAAAGGACUUGCCAAUGGCUGGCGAAAUGGAAAUUGAACCAGGAGAGUACAGUUGGGAAGCUGACAAUAGCUCGAAGAAAACAAAGAUUACACUCAAGAUAGACAGCAAGCUGAGCAUCAGGAAGGGUCUCAAGGUUGCAGUGUGCGGGCCAGUUGGUUCAGGCAAAUCAAGCCUCCUUUACAGCAUCAUGGGGGAGAUUCCAAGGGUUAGUGGUGCAGAGGCAACCGUUGUUGGGUCAAUGGCAUAUGUCCCACAGAGCGCAUGGAUUCAAACUGGGACAAUUCAGGACAAUGUGCUCUUUGGGAAAGCUAUGGACAGAAGGUUAUACCAAGAGGUGCUACAAGGAUGUGCUUUGGAUAGAGAUUUGGAGUUAUGGGCCAAUGGAGAUCUGACUGUAGUAGGGGAAAGGGGUGUGAACCUAAGUGGAGGCCAGAAACAAAGGAUUCAGCUUGCCAGGGCAUUGUACAGCGAAUCUGAUGUUUACUUCUUGGAUGAUCCCUUCAGUGCUGUGGAUGCUCACACCAGCGCACAUCUCUUCAAGGAAUGCUUGCUGAGACUAAUGUCCUCUAAGACAGUCAUAUAUGUUACUCAUCAGCUAGAGUUCUUGCGAGAUUCGGAUAUUGUUCUGGUCAUGAAAGAUGGGAGGAUUGUUCAGUCUGGAAAAUAUGAUGAUCUGAUAGCAGACAAAGAUGGAGAACUCUCAACACAAAUGGCUGCACACAACCAGUCCCUAAGUCAGGUCAACCCAGCAAAAGCACAUGGCUUGACUAAAAGCAAAAAACGGAAGAAGCAGAUGGAGCUCACAGAAAUUGAAUCAGAUUGCCAUGUCAUAGGGAGGGAAUGUGAGGAAGAACGUGAAUCUGGAAGAGUCAAAUGGGAUGUUUACCGGAAGUUUGUCACUGCUGCAUAUGGUGGAGGUCUUAUUCCUGUGAUUCUUCUAUGCCAAAUAUUUUUCCAGGGAUUACAGAUAUGUAGCAACUACUGGAUCGCAUGGGCAGCAGAGAGAGACGAUCAAGUAAGCAAGAAGAAGAUGAUUGGUAUCUUUGUGCUAUUGUCUGCAGGAAGCUCGGCAUUUAUAUUGGGAAGGGCUGUCUUCCUUUCAACAAUUGCCAUUGAGACUGCCCAGCAGCUCUUCUUAGGCAUGACCAGAAAUAUUUUCCGGGCACCAAUGAGCUUCUUUGAUUCCACUCCGUCAAGUCGGAUACUCAAUAGGGCUUCAACAGAUCAAGCCACAGUUGACACAGAUAUUCCCUACAGGCUAGCAGGGCUGAUAUUUGCAAUAAUUCAGCUCAUCAGUAUUAUUUUCAUCAUGUCUCAAAUUGCUUGGCCUAUCUUCCUGUUAUUCAUAAUAAUAAUUUCAAUCUCCGUUUGGUAUCAGAGCUAUUACAUCAGUUCAGCGAGGGAGCUAGCAAGGAUGGUUGGCAUUAGAAAAGCUCCAGUCCUCCACCAUUUUUCAGAGACUGUAUCAGGAGCUGCAACUAUUAGAUGCUUCAAUCAGGGAGAGAAGUUCUUCACAAAGACCCUUGCGCUAAUUGAUGACUAUACCCGCAUCACUUUCCAUAAUUCAGCAACAGUUGAAUGGCUAUGCAUACGUAUCAACUUCCUCUUCAACCUUGUGUUCUUUGUGAUGCUAGUCAUACUUGUCUCCUUGCCCCGGGAUACAAUUGAUCCAAGUCUUGCAGGGCUGGCAGCUACCUAUGGACUUAACCUUAAUGUGUUGCAAGCAUGGGUCAUAUGGAACCUGUGCCAUGUUGAGAACAAGAUGAUCUCUGUAGAAAGGAUUUUGCAGUUCUCAACCAUACCGAGUGAGCCUCCAUUAGUGAUUGAGAACUGUAGACCAAGAGAAACAUGGCCAUGGUGUGGAACAAUUCAGAUCGAGGCUCUCCAAAUUCAGUACAGCCCUGAAAUGCCCAUGGUACUCAAAGGCAUAAGCUGCACAUUUCCUGGAGAAAAGAAAAUUGGGGUGGUUGGGCGGACAGGGAGUGGGAAGUCUACUCUCAUCCAGGCUUUGUUUCGGGUUGUCGAACCAUCUGCAGGAAGGAUACUCAUAGAUGGAGUGGAUAUAUCACUUCUUGGAGUGCAUGAUUUGCGGCGUAGAUUGAGUAUUAUACCGCAAGAACCGACUUUAUUCCAAGGGACUGUCAGAGAAAACCUGGAUCCUCUACAAGAACAUCUGGACACUGAAAUAUGGGAGGUUGUGCGUAAGUGCCGCCUUGAGGAAAUCGUCAGAGAAGACAAUAGGUUGUUAGAUGCACCAGUUGUUGAAGAUGGAGGAAACUGGAGUGUGGGGCAAAGGCAACUUGUCUGCUUGGCAAGGGUAUUGCUAAUGAGAAAGAAAAUACUUGUUUUGGAUGAAGCCACGGCAUCAGUUGAUACUGCAACUGAUAAUAUCAUCCAAAAGACUAUAAGGCAAGAAACAGACAAUUGCACAGUUAUUACAAUUGCACAUAGGAUUCCCACCGUGAUUGACAGCGACCUUGUUCUUGUACUUGGUGAAGGUAAGAUACUAGAGUUUGAUUCACCAGAAAAUCUCCUUAGGGAUGAAACCUCAGCGUUCUCAAAGCUGGUGAUGGAGUUCGUGGGAAGGUCAGAGGGCAGACAUUAAUCAGAGCUAAUCUAGAAGCAUUAAGCAACUACCAACCUACUUGACCUCGUUUAGACCUGUAUAUAUGCAUAUAAUCUCUGACGGAGUAUAAAGAAGGCUUACUUCACUGGACGAUUGGAUAAAAGAGGGUGCAAGGAAACAAGGGAAUUUUCUUUAGUGCUGAAGAAUGAAGAUUAGAUCAGUAGCAUAUGGAUACUGGAGCUCUUGUAGAAAUCUAAUUUAUCUCUCUGUUCUAGCCUUUUUCCUAGGGGACAGUUGCAGUCUUGCACAUGGUGUUUGUUCAUAUCUUGUUGCCAAUGCAAGUGGUGCUAGAUAUAUGCAUCUUCUUUUGAUAUUUUC